AUGUCAUUAUUAUCAUUAGUAUUUAUUUGGUUAGAUAAAUGUAUUGGAAAUUUACCUGGUGAAAAUGAAAAAUUAAAAGAAAAAUUUCGAAAACUUCUUUCACCAAUUCGACAAUUUGAUAAACCAUCAUCUUGUUUGGAUUCUAUUGAAUUAUCAUUGAAAAAUAAAUGUAUUUUUUUUAUAACAUCAAAUAGUUUUGUUGAUGAAGAAUUUCUUAAAAAAAUAGCUUCAUUAUCAAAUGUUUAUCGUAUUUAUAUUUAUAAUCAAGAAGGAAAUGAUUAUCAAUUUACUGAUACAAAUCUUAUUAAGAAAAUAGGUUUAGAAAGAAUUAUACAAUUUGAUGAACAACUUUAUAAACAAAUAAUCUUAGAUUUAAUUAAAAUAUAUUCAAAGGAAUCUAAUCAAUCAAGACAAGCUAAAGAAUUACUUAAAUCUGCUGUUAAAUUACUCAAUACUAUCGAUGAUAAAGAUGAAGAUUUACAAGACAUAGAAAAAUAUUUAAUUUCUCGAAUACAUAAUCUUAAAUAA